AGCCGGCACCGGAUUCGGACCAGGACCCUCCUCCGCCGUCCUGACCAUCGCCAUGAAGCUCCUGGCCCUGACCGUGGUGUUCCUGACCGUCUGCAGCCUCGAAGGCCACGUGAUCCGCCGGGAUGCGGAGGAGGCCGAGGUUCAGGGCCUGUUUUCCCAGUAUUUCAAGGCUCUGACCGACUACAGCAAAGACCUGGUGGACAAGGUCCAGGCCCCCGAGUUGCAGGCCCAAGCCAAGGCCUACUUGGAAAAGACCCAGGAGCAGCUGACCCCACUGGCUAAGAAGGCAGGAUCGGACCUGAUGAACUUCCUCAGCAGCCUGGUGGAGUCCGGCAAGAAGGCGGUCGGCCCGUGAGGCCGCCGUCAGCCGGGAGGGUCGGGCGCCCCGUCCCCAACACCGUCCCACCUCUGUCCUCAGCCGGCCCGGUUUUCCAAAUAAACGCCGCAGAUUCUGAGAA